GGUGUAGCACUAAGAGUACUAAUAGUACUAAUUUAAAGGUCAAAGCUGGCACGCCGUUCCAACUGUAGUCGGCAUAUUCUGGCAUAGGCGGCGCUAGCGGGGUCGAGCUGAAGGCAGAGGCGGGAGCUGGGGCGGUCUGGGAGCGCGCACUAGCCACGGCCGCCACAGCGUCAGAGCGGCCGCAACCCCGCAGCAGCCUAAGGUUCGCGGGGGCCACAGUGGCCGCCAGCGUUGCGCAGGGCAGAGUAGUACGUAGUAAGUACUUUGCAAUGUGUGUUGGCUUAUACCAUAGCUAGUACGGGUAGUACUGGCGUGCAUUGUUCAUGUGUCGCUGAAAGCUCCUGUGUGGCCACAUGCUCUCUGCGUCAGAAGCCGCCAGAAGAAAUAUUGUGCAGGAAGGACGACUGCGGACAUUGUGGUGUGCCUAGACAGCCUUCUUGUACGAAUCUACAUUGUCCUGGGCAAGUUGUCCGCUGCACUUGCUGGAGUUCCUUGAGUACCAGUCGCUGGAUUCAGAGCGCGGAACCAUGGCGGAGAGCAGCCAAAUGCGGCUUUCUCACGAUGAGCUUUUGCAAGUGCACAGGAAGGAACGGAAAGAAUUGCAAGGCGCGGUCAAAUGCCAGCAGUACCACCUGAACACCCAGCAGUUUGAAGUCUGCUUCAGGAGACUCCAAUCUAUCCCAUUUCCCGCCAACAACAUUGUGUCGCUGCACCUUCAUGAGUUUCUUGCCAACUGUGCCAUCAAGCAUGGCAUAGCAGAGGACACUUUACUCCUGUGUCUUGUUACAGCCACAUCCCACCUUAUGGGUCUUUCAUCGUCAACAAAAAUUUGUCUGUCAUCGGCUUGGCAAGAAAAUCCUGUGUUGUGGUCUUCUGUCUUGGUGCCAAGGGAACACAGUUGUCACAAUUUUGUCUGGACCCUACAAAAACUUCUUUGUGACUUGCACUCUGAACUGCCUUCAAGGGACAUUGCAGCAAAGCCUGUAGUAGUGGAUGAAGCAUCAUGUACUAGCCUUACCAGGUUGCUGACACUGCCACAGGUUGGGCCUGUUAUAGCUAAAAUUCAGAGCCUGAAGCACUCGGUACCAAAGGGUGACAAAAAGAGAAAAAAAGAUGUUGCAGCUGAGGUAGCCAUACUUGAAGCUGAGUUGGAAGAGAAGCAUAAGAAAGACUUGGAGGAGUUUGCUGCCUUGCAAUGUGACGGUGUAGCCAAUGGUGAGCCAGAGGUGGAUGGUGUGACUGAUGAACUCGAUGCUGCAAGCCUGCAUGAACACACUGUGAAGCAAAGUAAAGCCACGAAAGCAGAAAAACGCAGGGAAAAGAAACGACAAAAGGAAGUGCAGCGUGAAAAAGAGAUUGCAGAACAGGAAGUAGAAAACCAGUUCCUUCCACGUGCUGUUGAGGAGCGAGAAUUACGAGUAAUUCUUGGAAAGCUUGGAUUGGCUAUUUACGAGAUUCCUUCAGAUGGGAACUGCAUGUACAAAGCCAUGGAACAUCAGCUUGGCCUUUUUGGUGUCAUGAAAUCCAUGAGUGAAUUACGGCAAGAAACUGCAAACUACAUGUUGUCUCACGCUGAAGAGUUCCUUCCUUUCCUAACAAGCAGAAAGAGUGGAGACAUGAUGACUGCAGAGGAAUACGAAGAUUACUGCUUAGAAGUUUCAAGCACUACAGCUUGGGGAGGCCAAGUUGAGCUCAAGGCUCUUUCCCAUGCUUGUAAGGUGCCCAUAACAAUUGUUCAAGCAACUGGACCUUCUAUUGAGAUAGGAACGGAAUAUAAUGCUAAGCCUAUCCUUCUAAGCUACCACAGGUGCUUGUACGAAAUGGGAGAGCAUUACAACUCGCUUGUCCCUAAAAAAAGUGAAGUGGAUGAAGGUGACCGUGCAAGUCUGCAGGUCUAGAAAGAUGGAAUAUUUUCUCUAAAAGGGCAUCACGCUGAAAUAUGCUUUUCAAAAAAUGAACAUAGAUGAACACACAUUAAUUUUUGCUCAAAAUAAAUGACAUAAUUGGAAGUCUACUUACACCUACUACCUGAGCUGUUUUUGCUGUGCUCCUGUUGAAAGCAAGUAACUGACUGGAAGGCCUUGCUCCAAGUGCACAGGGAGCUUGGAUGAAACUCUUUUUUUUCUGUGGUGCGGGGGACAGCAAUGCCAAGAAAUUUGACACAAAGAAGUGGAACUGCCAUGAGCUCAAGAUAUAAAAUGAAGCCUUAAUAAACAGUAUCUGCUGUA